GUAUCCUCCCGAUGGCAAAGUGACCACGUGAUGUCGGCGGAAGAGAUGGUCAUUCUCAAGACGCUACAGCUGACCCUGUCAGACCGCUGCCAGGUGAGUGACCCCAAGCCCAUAGAAGACAUCCAGAACCUUCUGAUGUGCUGCCUGGAGCACCUGAUGAGGCGGAACCACCGCGGGGAGGACCACUCGCCUCUCAUCGGACACGCCCUCAACAGACUGACCACAGUCCGGCCCUUGAGCCACCUGGAGUACGCCAACAUUGCCAAAAACAAACUGCUGAAGGAGUUCUACACCAAGCGGCCGCUCAUCAAGGAAGUCUUAGAUUUUGACACAGAUGUUUAGGAAACGAAAAUCAUGGACUUUGACAAAGAUGUUUUGUUUUUUAAAAGGUCAGAAUUUGACAAAGAUAUUUUGUCCAAAAAGUCAUAAAGUUUGGCAAAGAUAAUUUGUCAAAAAAUCA